CUAAUACUUUUUUUUUUUGGUUGCAUCGCUCCCGAAUACCAUUAAAUGCACUUUUUGGCAGCGGAUUUGUAAUCCUGAAAGAGGGAAAGGUUCGCUUCACGUGAGAUCUCUCAAGGUUCUGAGCUUGGUUUCUUCGAGACUCCACGGAAUAGGCCUAUAUCGUUGUUCAAUUCAUCAUCCUCUUCUUGAGUCGUUGGGUCUAAUCAGUUACUUUGGCGACUGUAGAGUUUCUGGGAGAACAAAUAUGAUUUUUGGCACCAUAAUCUUUCAGGUUUUUGGCCCUGGGACCAUUUUAUAGUGCCGGGAUCAGAUUAGAAGACAUUAUUAUUUCCUAUAAGGUGGUUGGUUGAAUCUGGAUCAUUUCUGGCUAUGGCUAAACGUGAGGUCGCUGCUCUAAGGGAAUCUCUCUACAACCAGUCUCUUGCUUUAAAAGAGCUUUACACUGAGCUGGAGGAGGAAAGGAAAGCUUCAACAUCUGGAGCCAAUGAAGCUCUGUCCAUGAUUUUGCGUCUUCAGGCAGAGAAGGCUGCAGAUAAAAUGGAAGCAUGCCAAUACAAAAGAAUGGCUGAGGAGAAGCUACAGCAUGCUGAAGAGUCUUUGGAAAUUCUCAGAGAAGUCAUAUUUCAGAAAGAAAUAGAGAUUGCAUCCCUCAAAUAUCAAAUUAAUGCUUAUAGGCGCAAGUUAGCAGGUAUUGGUGUCAAGAACCCUGAUGCUGGAGAAAUGGAAACAUUUGGCUAUCCAUGUUUGAAAAGAAGUACUUCGCUUUUGGACAAGGCGUGCUUUCACUGUACUGCUAAAAGGAACAUCUCUUUGCCUGCCAUUCGAUCGGAAGAGUUGUGCACUGGAAUUGAUAUUGCUGAUAAAGAUAAUUCUUUAUUUCCUACUGGACAAUCAAUUUGUUGGGGAAGUGAUGACUGCGUGAAGCAGCUCAGUGAUAAGAAGCACAAAUUGCAAGAGUUCUUUAAGGAGUCUACAUGGGAGCCAGCAGAAACGAGCAGAAAACUAAAAGAGAAAGAACCAGUAUCUGCAAAUGAUGAAUUUCAAAUAACCUCGACCACAGAUCCCAUGAGUCUGGGAGAGGAGUCCAGAUGUUCAUGGUACUUGGAGGGGAGCGGUGAGACAUUGUACAAGUCAAUAUCAGGGAUUAAAUUAAAGGGUAAAGAUGCCUUGUCUUUAUCAUCUCAAAUGAAAGAUGCAGAUAAAAUAUCCCACUGUGACCACCUUAGCAGUUUUUAUUUGGAAUCGGAAGCAAAUGGUCUCACAAUAAAUUCUUUCAAUCUGCAAGACAUACAUGAAGUUCCUGAAAGUAGCAACAGCUGCAAUCACAAAGAACUACAAGAAUCUACCUUGGAACCCAAGCAAACUACCAGAAUGCCUAAAUCAAUGCCACAAGAAGCUGUGAACUUCUUGUCAGAAGACAAGGACUUGUUAAAGGAAGCAUGUACUUUCCAUGAAAACAAAUUUCCUGAACAACAGAAGGAGGCUUUUAUGAAUUAUCAUUUGAUUUGUGCAGACUCUAGGAGUGAGAUUGUUUCAUCUCAAGUGGAUAUUGAACUGCUGAAGAAGCAGAUGCAGCAGGUUGAGGAUGAUGUAAGGAGUAUUAAGCAGGAAGACUUUCAGAGAAACAAAGAACUGUGGAGGUUGUUGAGAGGGAUGGGCGAGCAGCUUGACACAAUACAAUCAGAAAUAAACUCAAAGUCUAAGAAGUUCCCUCAACAGGAUGAGCCUUCAUUAGUGCAUCUUAUGGAGGCAAUGCUAUAUUUUUGGCUAUAGCCCCGUCAAGCUGGUAACCUGCUGACACUCAUCCUUUUGCUUGAAGUUCACUUUGUCGGUACUAAUCUUCAUGUAAAUUACAAGUCUCCGUUCCUCCUUCUCGUUUUCUUUCUCGAAGGAGAGUGAGCCGCUGGGCUCAAUGACGCGGCAACAGUCAGUUGAGGUUUGUUUCCAGUAAUAGUUGCGACAGGAGAAACUACCAGCUGAUACCUGCUUUUCACAAUGUAAGAUAUACCAUGGCUGGACGACAAGAAUGAUUCAUUUGAACAUACCAGUAUAUAUAACAUAUACCAAUUUGUAAAUUGGUCCAAUAUUGUAGAUUAACUAUUUCUUGACUCUCUUUUUUUUAUGUCUUGCUAUAAUGAAUUAUAUUUAGUGGAGUUUUAUAAAUUUGAUGGUAUCUUUUAUAGAUCUUUUGCUAUAUAGCAUCAUGUAGGACCAAAAACAUCCAAGUCUACAAAUUUAUACUGCCUUAUAUUUCUGAAA